AUGUUCCCCACACUAGUGGGGGCUGAAGUGGGAAACCAUCAGGGUGUAAGAGCUGGUUCACAUCCUCACAUGAGUCGUGGUACUCAAGCCAUGAAUCCUCCUUUUCAACAAAUGGCUGAAUUCUUCCACCACAUGGCUGAAGCGAUGCAUGAUCCCAACGUGAUUAACUUUGAGAAAAUGAGGAAAAUGGGUGGAGUUGAGUUUAAAGGCACUGUUGAUCCCACGGAUGUUGAACAAUGGUUGGAGCACAUGGAAAGCGUAUUUGAGCAGUUAGAGUGUUCCGAUGUUGCCAAAUUUAAGUAUGCUAUUUCACUAUUACAAAAGGAUGCUCACGAUUGGUGGGUAAGUGUUCCAAAUGCCAAAGUAAAACCUCAUGUUCUUACUUGGGAUGAUUUUCUUAGGGAAUUUCGUAUGAAGUAUGUCCCACCUGCUUAUUGUGAUACAAAGAUAAUGGAGUUUUUGAAUUUAAGGCAACGAGGCAUGUUUAUUGCUGAGUACCAACAGAAGUUUCUAAGGCUCUCUCGUUACGCUGGAGGUAUUAUUGAUGAGGAAAAAGACAAGUGUAGGAAAUUUGAAGAUGGUUUAAAUGAUUCCAUUCGGAAGAAUGAACUACUUGAUAAAGAAGAAGCUAGUAGAAAUGAAAACAAAUUUCGAAAGCCUAGACCAGAUUUUGGGGGUCCAUCAAAAAGGGGAAGGUUUGAUAAUUCUAAGGCUGGUAGUGAUAACAAGCCACCGCUACAAAAGCAAAACAGAUCAGAUUUUUCUACAGCUAGCACUCCAAAUUAUGGCCAAGGAAAGCCUCGUGUUCCAACUUGUCCACAAUGUGGAAAGAGUCAUUAUGGUACUUGCAGGAGAGCUUUUGGUGCAUGUUUCAAUUGUGGGAGCUUUGAUCAUAAAGUGAAGGAUUUUCCUAAUUCUAAUAAUGCUCCUUCCUUGAGAACUGAAGGCUCAGUUCAUAAGCCUUCUAUUAAUCCUCCUCAAACUAAUAGAGGUGCAAGACCUAAAAACACUCAACCAAUAUGUACAAGUGGAGCUAAUCAAGCUAGUGGACAAAUGACUACUCCACGUGCUUAUGCUAUGAGGCAGAGGGAUGAGCUAGAUGGACAAGACGUGGUUGUCGAUAAAUUUCACUUAUUUGGCUUAUGUGUGUUUACACUGUUUGAUCCUGGUUCUACACAUUCCUAUAUUUGUUCAUCACUUGUUCUUCCUGAAAAUGUGAAAUCUGUGAGACUUAGUUAUGAUGUGCUGGUUGAAAGUCCUUUGGGUUAUCAAGUGGUGUGUAAUCGAGUUUACCAAGAUUAUCCCUUCGUGAUUCAAAACAUAGGCUUCCCUGCUGAUUUGAUUGAAAUGCCCUUUAACGAUUUGAUGUUAUUAUCGGGAUGGAUUGGUUUUAUAAAUAUCAUCCAGUUGUAG